UAUGAUCAGUUAUACUGCCGACGCCGCCAAUGUGGUGCUAACUUUCUGGCAUGUCUUGACGAUAAGUAGAGCACGCCUUCCUGACCAUGAAUUCUUCUCACCAUCUUACCUGCGCUGUCACUCUUUUCAUAAAGUUCUACACAUUCGUUUCACUUCAUAUAUAUACUCGCUAUAAUGCACUCCGCUUCCUUCAUUACGCUCAUUUUUGGUGCCGCUCUCGUCGCGGCUGCUCCCGCACCCGUAAGGAUCGGACUGGAUGACGUUAUCCUCCACGGCAAAGGCCACUUCACUGUUAUGAAGCGAUCCGCCUUUGAAGAGCUGGAAGCUGCACGCAAGGCCAGUGCUGUACCUCCGAAGCCUGCCUACCUUGCUGAGAUUCACUUCUCCGGCAACGAGACCAAGAUGCCGGGCAAGCAGCACUUGAAACGCGACACUAGCAUUAUCAUUCCAAACCCCAACUCUCGUUUCUUGGGCUGGGAUGUUCAGAUGAGCCAAGUCACCAAGGGCGCACCGACUACCAUCUCCGUCGCCUCGGGUUUCUCCAUUAGUAACAGCAUUUCGGUUGGGGCGAGCAGCACUUUGACACUUGUAAAAGACUUCCUCCAAGUCUCCAUGUCGAUCGACUACAGCCAGACGUGGCAAACGACUCAGACUCAAACCUUCACCGCCGAAGUCCCCAAGGACAAGUACGGCGCUUUUGUCAGUAACCCCUGGACCAACCGUGCGAGUGGAAGUGUCUGGACGGGUACCAUCGGCGGUGAUGGAGAGCUAUCCGACUACCAGGCUGACUCGUUCGAGUCAAAGCAAUUUGAUAAUAUGGAAUGGGUUGACGGUGUUAUCAGUCUUUGUACAGGCGAUGAGUUUCCUCUCAAGAGGUGCUUGGGCGAGGGUACACUAUAAGGCUAGGAAAGGCCGUGACGAGCAUAUGCUGACCUGUCUGGGUGUCAGAAUCGAGGAUGCAUGGAGAAGCAAGACAGUUUCAUAGAUCUAGUACAGCUAAUAAUGUU